GCGGGGGUGCGAUUUCUGGGAUCCUCGAUUAAAAUAAUGGCUCCACCACCGCCGCCACCUCCACUUCGUGACCUUCCUCCAUCACCAUCGUCAUCAUCCUCUUUUAAUGGAUCCGCCACGCUCUUUCGCUGAUCCCCUGAACUCCGCAACCCCCCGUCCCGUCCCUUUCCGCUUCUCCCCAGAUUUCAACGCCACGCGCACGGGGACGAGGCGAGAAACCAUCCCCAUCGCCGACGCCGCCGCCGCCGCCGACGCCGACGCCAGCAGCAUCGGCGUGUCCCGGACGCAUUGGCUCCGCGUCGGGAUUCGUGGCCCCGAGUCGACCCCGCCGGCAUGGAGUACUUUGAGGAGCUGAGGCGCGCCGAUUGGGAGCGGGAGUCGUACCCCGAGUACGGCGAUGUCGCCGUCCUCCCCUUCUCCGUCCUCUUCUUCCUCAUCGCCCGAUUCUUCCUCGACAGGUUCGUCUUCGAGACAGUUGGUAGAUGGAUGAUUUUGGGGAAGGGGCAGCAAACGAGGGAUGUAGAGUCAGAUGGCAGGAAGAAGAUACGAAAAUUCAAGGAGUCAGCAUGGAAAUUUGUUUACUUUCUUUCAUCUCAGCUUCUGGGUCUAUACGUAACCUAUGAUGAACCUUGGUUCACUAAUACUAGAUACUUUUGGGUAGGACCAGGAGAUCAGGUCUGGCCUGACCAGAAGAUUAAAUUGAAAUUGAAGGCGGUGUACAUGUAUGCUGCUGGAUUUUACACAUACUCCAUAUUUGCUUUGGUUUUCUGGGAAACACGAAGAUCCGACUUUGGAGUGUCAAUGAGUCAUCAUGUCGCAACUGUGAUUCUAAUUGUGCUAUCUUACAUAUUUAGGUUUGCCCGAGUGGGUUCGGUUGUAUUAGCUCUUCAUGAUGCCAGUGAUGUUUUUCUGGAAAUAGGGAAGAUGUCCAAGUACAUUGGGGCAGAGAUGGUUGCCAGUGGCGCAUUUUUACUCUUUGUUUUGUCUUGGAUCAUUUUGCGUCUUAUUUAUUAUCCAUUCUGGAUCAUUUGGAGUACAAGCUACGAGGUUAUCUUGACAUUGGAUAAGGACAAACACACAGUGGACGGCCCAAUUUAUUAUUAUGUGUUCAAUUUUCUUCUAAUUUGCUUGCUUGUUCUUCAUGUCUAUUGGUGGGUAUUGAUAUUCCGGAUGCUUGUGAAGCAAAUUCAAGCGAGGGGGCAGGUCACUGAUGAUGUCAGAUCUGAUUCUGAAGAUGAAGAUGGACAUGAAGAUUUUACCAAAAAAAAAGAUGGACAUGAAGAUUGAGUAGGAAAUGAUGGGAAACUGCAGCCUAGUUUCUGUACUUGAUAUGUUCGUUUGCUAAUACCAAGUGCCACUGCGUAAAGCUGAUUUUUGCACCCCGAAGGGAUGUGUGAUUUCAUUUAGGAUUGAUACGGAAGCAUUUUUAGAGGAGAUUUAUUCGAAUUGUCCACCAGAGAGCUUGAUUCUUGGCCAUUUCUCUCUUUUAACCAAAGCUUGAUUCUUGACUUUGGAUACAACUCUCUCACCUGUAUCAUUGAAUAAAGUGGAUUCUUGAGGAACUGAAUUCUUGUUGAUGCAAUUCCAGCUGUAGGAAAAAAGAGGUUCUCGUUGAUACAAUUUAUCAAGCUGCUCAUUGCUUAGAAA